AUGGUCCAGUUUGAAAUCAUUUUACAUUCAAAGACACCAAGUAAAAAUGAAGUCGCAAAGGAAAAAAGACAGAGACAGAAGAAACGAUGUCUAAUCUACCUGCAAUUCUUACCCAUAUCCCUGGACGCGCAGGUCUUCGGCAGCUGGGUGCUGGGCGGUGUGGCCUGCAAGGUCAUCGUGUACCUGCAGAUCGUGACCCUGGCCUCGACCACGUUUAUCCUGACCUCGAUGAGCUACGACCGGUACAUGGCCAUCUGCAAGCCCCUCGAGUCCAGGUCGGGCCUUAGGCGCGCCCGCUGCAUGGUCGCCGCCUCCUGGGUCAUGGCAUCCGUCUUUGCCACUCCACAGCUCUUCAUCUUCCUCCAGGUCCAGACGGGCGUGACGGCAUCCGGUCUUCCCCACCUGGAAUGUCUGAGCGUGGGCUAUACGCACCACUGGCAGCGGCAGCUCUACUUUAGCUGGCUCACGCUCUACAUCCUGGUCGUGCCGGGCCUGCUCAUCUCCACCUUCUACCUCAGCCUGCUCAGGGCCGUGUGGGCGGCCUCCGACGCCGUUGCCGCCACACCGGCCAAGGACAGCGGCAACGUGGAGUCCACACUACGGCGCUGCACCCAGGCGCGACCCCUGCUGUCUCGUGCGCGCGCCAAGACGCUCAAACUGUCGGUGAGAAAUGAGGGCUGA